UCUAAUCGAAGGUAGUUGUUCAAAUGGAUUCCUACGAGAGGACACGAAUGUCUGUCCACCACCUUUCCACUCUUUAGAGGCACGAAUGGGCUGCUAAGAAGCAGCACUCUGCCGAUUUCGUCCAUUUGUUCAAGGUUUUAUUUUCGCAGAGCAGCCAAUCACGUCCCCCGUUGACUCUGCGUAACGCGAGAUGCAUCCAAUCGGCGCAUGCGCCUCACGAACGAGCGUGGUUUGGCAAAGAUGGCGGCGAGCUCCGAUUUGCUGGGAGAUGUUUUCUUCAAAACAGAGGGGGACGAAAAAGUGAGAAGUGAGCUAAUUGGAUCUCUGGACACCGAGUCAACACAAGAAAGUCACGUUAACUCAACGGGUAGAGCCCAGUCUGAAACAAAUCACGCUGACAGCUCGGCUAUUCGCAGUAGUUUUAAUAUUCAGGGCAGCAAAAUGGGACUUUCACAACAAGAGCUUGCUAAAGCAGGGGCAGGAGUUCAGAGAGGUGUCAGUAGCAGCUCGGGGUGCCUCGUUCCGAGGAUGGACGGAGCCGCGGGGAUCACCCCGGCGGUUGAAGCGGUUGUUAACCCCGCUCAGAGUCAAGCCCAGCCGGCGACAGCCAGCGGAGUUGUCGCGGGGGCGCCAGACGCCGCAUCAGGGCUGGAGAAACCCGCGGGAGCCCAAAGUUUGAAUGGAAGCGCCGCGGUGACGAACUGUCACAUCGCAGAGAGCAGAGCUGACAGCUCGCAGCCCAACGGACCGGCUCCCGCGUGCAAGGAAGAGGCAGCGGUCAUGCAGCCCAGCACGAUUAUUCGAACUACUUUGGGUGCUCCGAACGUCCCUUCCCCCGGCGUGGUUCCGGCUCAGCCCGGCGCCAGAACUGUACCCACGGUCACGCUGGUGAAGCCGCUCGUGCAAACUUCCUCCAACAGCCCGGUUUUAGCCUCCUCGUCACCGGUCAUCAGUGUUUCCAGUGGCUCUCCCGCCACUAAGACGGACUGCCCGAAAAGCGUCAUUCUGACCGGUGCCCCCGCCGCGCCAGGUGCCACGGCGACCAUCAGAAGCCCCGGCGUCUGGCCAAACCCCAGGACGGCCGCCCCAUCGACCAUCGCAGCAGCUCCAGGUGGGGUUCGAACCCCUGCUCCACAGGUGCUGGCUCCACGGCUCAGUCAGCCCCAACAAAACACCACCAACAUCCAAAACAUCCAGCUUCCUCCAGGCAUGGUCCUGAUCCGCAGCGAGAGUGGGCAGCUGCUGAUGAUUCACCAGCAGACCCUGGCUCAGAUGCAAGCCCAGUCGCAGUCACAAAGUGCCAUGACGCCACGGCCUGCAGCGCCCACCAGCACUCCUCCCGUGCAGACCUCCUUACAGACUCCGGGUGCUCCACUGCUGACCCGCCCUGUUACCUCCACCACUAUUAUAAAACAAGCCUCCCCAGUCCAGACCACAGGGAUCGCCACCACUGCGCUGCAGAGGCCUCCUGUACUGCAGAACACGGUCAUGUUGGGAGUGACGGCCUCAGGACAGCCAAUCGGAACGCCCGCCAAAGUCCAGCCUGCGGGAGCAGCACCUCAGAGAGUGGGACCGGGAACAGCCGUCGCUCCGACGCCAGUCUCAGCUGAAACACUGGAGAAUGUGAAGAAGUGUCGAAACUUUCUGUCUACGCUCAUCAAGCUGGCAAGUGGAAAACAGUCGCCGCAGACUUCAGCGAACGUCAAGGAGCUGAUCAAGAACCUGCUGCAAGCAAAAAUAGAGCCUGAGGAUUUCACCAGCAGGUUAUACAAAGAACUAAGCUCCUCCCCUCAACCGUACCUGGUUCCCUUUCUGAAGAGGAGCCUCCCCGCGCUCCGCCAGAUGACCCCCGACCCGGAUGCGUUCAUCCAGCAGAGUCUGCUGCCUCUGCCCAGCACGCAGCCGGCUGCCACGGCCUCCACGGCCCUCACCGCUGUGGUUCUGCGGCCCCCUCUGUCCACCACGGUCACCACAGCUACAAGCACAGCCAAAGCCACAGUCAUCAGCCUCACUCAGACUCCUCAGAGCAAACCUGGGCUGAUUGUUUCUCAGCAGCAGGGCACCAUGGUGAGGCCGCAGGUGCCACUGGCUCAGUCUCCUGUGGUGACAAUCAGAGGACAGCCUCAUAGCCGGAUAAUUGUUGGUCAGCCACAAGUGGUAAAACAGCUCACAACAGUUCCAGCUGUGAGACAGACUUUGGCUCCAGGGGUCAGAGGAGUUCAGGUGUUCGGCCACGCUUCAGUCGCUGAUGCUCAGAAGAACAAAUUAAAGGAAGCAGGAGGCGGAGCUUUCAAGGAUGAUGAUGACAUCAACGACGUGGCGUCCAUGGCAGGGGUCAACCUAUCGGAGGAGAGUGCCCGCAUCCUGGCUACCAGCUCUGAGCUGGUUGGCAUGGUGACUCGCUCCUGCAAGGACGAGGCCUUCCUCUCCACCCCGUCUCUCAGCCGGAUAGCCCUGGAGAUCGGUAAAAAGUUUGGCGUCAGCGAGCUGGGCACCGACGUGAUCAGCUACAUUUCUCAUGCAACGCAGCAGCGGCUCCAGAACCUGUUGGAAAAAGUCUCACAAGUGGCUCACCACAAGAACGUCGGCCUGAAGGAAGAUGAGCGAUGUGAGCAGGUCAGCGAUGUCAGAGGUCAACUCAAGUUUUUUGAGCAGCUGGAUCAACUGGAAAAGCAGAAAAAGGAGGAGCAGGAAAGGGAGAUCCUCUUGAAGGCUGCUAAGUCCCGGUCAAGGCAAGAAGAUCCGGAGCAGCUCCGACUCAAACAGAAGGCCAAAGAGAUGCAGCAGCUGGAGCUGGCUCAGAUCCGGCAGAGGGAGGCCAACCUGGCAGCCCUGGCGGCCAUCGGCCCGCGGAAAAAACGCAAAACCGACUCUCCCGUCAGGGGGGCAAGCGCAGACGGCUCAAGUUCAGGCCCCUCCCAGCCCGGAGGCUCAGGAGGCUCCAGACAGUUCACACGUCAGCGCAUCACUAGAGUCAACCUGCGGGACCUGCUCUUCUGCCUGGAGAACGAGAAAGAAACCAGCCACUCGCAGCUGCUCUACAAAGGGUUCCUCAAAUAGCAGCCACGUUGGGAUGAAGGACUGUGCAGCGACAGGACCACACAGGUGUCUCACCCUCAACAGGUACCCGCUCUGAUGUCAUCGUGCCUCUCGCUCCGUUUUUGUUACCAGAACACGUCUCAAACGGCAGAUUUCUGGAAACAAAAAUGUUAAUUUAUCUCUUUUUUAUUGUAUAUUAUCAGCCCAAAUGUAUUUGUUUUACAGAGACUAACCUGGUUUGUCAUCUGCGCAGCUGCCUUUCUAACACUUAAACCAUGUAAGCCAUAUGCUGUAUGCAUUUAAUACCUGACAGGUUUUCUUGCUUAUCUUUUCUGGAUGAAACAGAAAAGCUUUAUACUGUUUUUUUAUGUGGGGAUUGAUCUCUACGCAGAAUGAGCUAUUUGUGUUACGCUAUCAGUCACAUGUUCUUUUUUAAUGAUGCCACUAGAACAUUUAAUUCUUUUUCACUUCAAUCUUUUAAUUGUUAAUUUUUAACCAGACAAUGUUUAAAAAAUCAUUUCCUGCACAUUUAUAAGCCAAAAUCUGAAUUUGAACUUAUUUCUUUCAUUAUUGACAGGAAGUGAUUUGACUUCCUUUUGUUAUUGUCACUUAAAAAAAAAGUUUUUAUCAGUAUUUAUAUAUUUUUUGAGCACAUAAAAAGUUCUGGACUUGCUUGACAUGUUGAAGUAUCUUAAUUAGUAAAUUUUAUUAUAAAAAAAACAAACAAUCCAUUUGUAAAUUUUUCAGGUGACGACUUGGGUCUAAAAAAAGAAAGUGUUUAUUUUCCAUGUAAAUAAAUGUGCCACAGAUAUAACACUGAUGUGCUUUUUACCCAUGUGUACAUUUGUACAGCUCUGUGUUUAUAUGUAAAUAGACAUUUAAAAAAGUUUUUAAUGGCUAUUUUAUAAAUAAUAGAAUGAUCUCUAUUAAAAAAAUAAACAAAUCA